AGUGAAUUUAUCGAAUUCCGCGGGCGCGUUCACCAAUAUACCCUGCGUUCACACGCUAGGAUUGUGUGGUGAAUUGUUAUAUAUUUUCUAUAACUGAGAGCAGAUCAGUUAAUUCGAAACUUGAUUUGCACCUUGAAUUUCCUUGACAGCACCAUUGAAAGCUCGCAAGAUGUAUACUCCACAAGUCAACGCAAUUUCUCGGGAAUCAUUUUCUGCCAGAGGAUCUCCGAGAACGUCUGCAACUAAGUCAAAAUCUGCCAUAAAAUCACGUGGAUUGCUCAGCUCAUCAUUUUCUGCAAGUCCUGGGGCUGGUCUGCAUACUUCAAGGAUCAUUGAAGAGACUCAAGAAUACUCUUUGGAGUCAUUGGGGUCUCCCCUUCCAGUGCUGGUCACUGAAGUGCUGUCUUCAUCUGAGAGAUCUGGCGAGGUAUCGGUGCAGGUGUCGGAGCGCGGCUGGGCGUGGCUGGUGUGCGGCCGCCGCCUGUUCGUCUGGCGCUAUGCCCAGUCCAGCUCGGAGGCGGCCUCUCGCCGCCUGGCGCUGUGUCGCGAGCUCACCCUGCCGCCCAGUGACCUGGCGCACCGCGCUGAGCUGGUACAGGUGCUCGGCGGCUCCGAGGUGCACGUGCCCAGUUGUCUGGCAGUGUCCCCCGAGGGCACGCUGCGCUUCUGGCCCAGCGUCAUCUAUGAGAGCUCCAGCACUGAAAGCAACGCUGACCUGCAGGGCCAGGAGUGUGAGCGUCUGAUCUGUCUGGGCGACUCGAGCUGCCUGCUGGCCACCACCACGUCCACGCUGGUGCUUGUCUCGUGGCCGGGCGGCGCGCUGGGCUGCCGUCGCCUGGCCCCGCCGGCCGGCCUGCUGGGCGGCAUCGGCCGGCGCGUCUCCUCGCUCAUCUGGGGAGCCAUGCAGACCGCCGGAGCUGAGGAGCCGCUGGUUUCACUGCGAGCGGCGGCGCCGGAGGAGCCGGACUGUAUCGGUCACACGGUGUACGUGAUGACAGCGCGCCACCUGCAGCGCUGGUGGGUGGCCGACGCCGAGCACAUGGACUCGCAGCUCGACGUGGAGCGGCUGGCGCGUGACGCUUUCGUUCAGCACCUCUGGAGUGCCGACACAGCCAGCGAGGAACUGGAGGUGACCCUGCGGGACCUGUGGGUGACCAACGUCGGCAUCGUGGUUCUGGCCACCGCACUGAGUCCCACUCAGCCCGGCACGGCCGUAUUCGCCAUAGGUGUGCUGGAGGACAGCGUGGACCGUCUGCCGCGCCAGUGGUCCCGGUUCGACGUCGUCCAGUACACGCUGCCGGUCGAACAGUGCGCCGGCACUGAGCUCCGCCUGCUGGCCCCCGGCGAGCGGGCCUACAUCCAGCUGCGGCGUCAGAUCCUCUGCGUCAACCUGUCGUGUCCCUCAGAGCCGGCCGAGACGCUGCGUCUGUCGUCCCCGUCCGACCAGGUGCUCGGAUGGGGUCUGGGCGCCGACUCUGCCCCGCUGGUCUUCACCAGCCACCACGGCCUGCUGAGGCUGAACGCGCGCGCCCCCUGCGGCGCCACCACCGUCGCCGAUACCAGCACCACCGUCCCCGGCUCGAUGUUGACCAUGGACCAGAGCCGGCUGAACCAGUCUCUGAACGUGUCCAUGACUCAGGCAGACGUGGAUGAGCUGACCUCGGGCGGUCCCAAGGCGCGGCUCCGCGCCGCCUGCAUCCUCUACUGCCGGAACGAGCUGACGCGCUGCGCAGAAUUGGUGGAGGAGCUGUUUCCGCGCCGGUCGGCCGACGGGUUCGACUCACAGCUGGAUAAAACGGUGGCCGACCUGAGCGCGGACGUCAUCAACGACUACCCGGCGUCCGACCCGCGCUGGGCUGAGGCCAUGCCGCACGAUGCCACCGUGUCGACGACCAACUCUCUGAUCCUGCUAAAUCAGCUCGGCGACAAGCGGGAGGCGCACCAGCUCUACCUGGCCUUCCUCCGGGCCGUCGGACUCUGGGACCGGCUGACGGGUAUCAGUCGCGAGGAUUCGGCGGUGGCCACCACUCAGGUGCUGCGUGAGCACCACGAGAAGAUCCUGGCCGCCAUGGCGCUCACCAACCAGUCGGCACAACUGGGUCAGGUGGUCGACGACGCCGUCACCCGCGUGGUCGAGGAGCGCGGCGAGGUGCCGCAGCACCCGCUCACGGCGCAGGACGUCUUCUUCCGCCACCUGUCGGCCGUGGACGAUAUUAUCGGUGCGCUGGUCGGCCUCCAGGAGGAGCUGCUGGCCACGGGCGCUCCGCCGCGCGACCUGGUGCAGCUGACCUCGGACACAAACACCAUACUGGUGCGGAUGCUGACGUCUGUGUCGGCGGCGGCGGCCGACCUAACCCCUGAACAGACCCCCACCACCGGGGAGGAGGGAUCUGAGUGGCCCCAGCAGCAGCAGUGCCGCGAGCGGCAGCCCUGGGGCACGGCCGGUCCGGCCCGCGAGCUGCUUCACCGUCAGUACCAGAUCACACUCAAACAGGCGCUGCCCAACACGGAGACGGGCGCGACACGGACCAGCCUCUACCAGCAGCUGCUGGAGCUGGCUGACCUGCUGCUCUCCGGCUACACCGUUCAGCUGGAGAGUCUGCGCGGCGUCGAGCGGUAUGCGGCGGUGGAGGCGGAGUUUGAAAAGGACCGCUACCAGUUGAUCCAUCCGCUAUUGGAGGCUGAGGAGUACGAGCGUGCCACCAGUCUGGCCGAGAAGUACCUCGACUUCCGUAUCCUGGUGGAGGUCUGUGAGAAGACCAACAGCACCGAGCGGCGUAACAAGUACCUGACACAGUUCGCCGACAAGGGUUUCGCCGACUUCCUGUUCAACUGGUACCUGGACCAGGGCCGGCGCGGACAGCUGCUCAGCCAGUGUCGCCGUGCCGAGCUCGCCGGCUUCCUACAGGAGUACCGCGGCCUGCGCUGGCUGAAUGAGCUGGAGGCCGGGCGGUAUGGACAGGCGGGGGAUACACUGGAGCAGUGUGCCACGUCGGAGACGGAGUUCCUCACCAGGAAGAAGACCUAUCUGAGUCUGGCGAAGCUGUGUGCGCUGGCCGGCCGGCAGGGCAAUGAGCUGGAGGGCAGACUGGCGCGGCUGCAGCCCGAGUUUGAGCUGACGCAGCUUCAGGAGCAGCUGCCGCUCUCUGUACUGGAGGCGCACGGUAUCGACCCGGAGACGAUGCGCGUGCUCUCUGCCCGCGAGCUGAUCCUCCUAUACGUCUCACCGGAGAACGUGGACGCCAACGAGUUCGACUUUGAGCGCGCCCUGGAGCUGGCCGGCUCUGCCGAGCUGGGGGGAGGCGACGAGGAACGCGCCGAGCUGCGCCUGGAGAUCUGGAGCCGCGCCGUACUGCGUGACGACUGGAGCGGGCUGCGCACCGAGCGGCCGCUGGAGUCGGCGCAGCACACCCUGUUUGUGCGCACCGUGCGCGGUCUGGCCAUGACGGGCCGCCGGCCGGCCGAGCUGCUGCCCCCGCUGGAGCAGCUGCUGGCCGCGCCGCCGCUCGAGGAGCUGGCGGCUGACCCGAGCUUCACCUUCCUGCUGCGCGCUAUCUAUGAGGGUGUGGAGAGAGAGGAUAUGGACUGUGAGGCCGCCUGAAGGGGGGCGUGUGGCGGUGUGGGAUGUGGUGUUCAUGUUGAUGCAGAAGAAGAGAGGCAGCCGAUGAUGGCAUUGGUGUGCGUCAGUGGAGGGACCACAGCGGUGAGGAUGAUGGCUGGGAUAGCCGCGAGUCGCAGUGCCGUAAACACGUCACACGAGUGACACAUUCGAGUGUUUCCAGGCUGGUGAGCAGCAGUUGAUUCGUUGUAUAUACGUGUUUCGCUGUCUGCCCUUUCUCGAACCCCACGCCAUUGCCCAAGCCAAGGGCUGCUGAAUGUCCAAAGUGUUAAGAGCUCAGUACGUUGUCUGUCGCUUCCCCAAGGCUCACCUUGUCCCACUGCCAUAAAUUUCCAUCAGAUAGCGAGCGUUCGGGACAGUGUUUCGUGGCUCAUUCUCAGAUUGUGAAUACAUCGUGAUAUUUUGCGA